AUGUCAUCUGGUUCUGGGUCUCGCAAACCAGAUGCUGUUCCGUUGCGGAAAAGUAUGAAGAAUGUAGAACAUAAUAAAAUAGUGGAUGCAUAUAAUCCUUAUUACAGUUAUUUCGACGAACGCUAUGCAAGUUUAUUACUUGUUUAA